AUGUUUAGAGCGUUUGCCUUUACUGUCCUGUUUACAGCUUUGACCUUGUCCCAAGGACAUAUGGACGAUUACCUGAGGUUUCCAGAUCCCGGAAACAUUCCGAGACACAACCAACGACCCUGUGGUCCCCGAGUCUGUGGCAAAAGUGGACAUUGUUAUCGCAGCUUUGAGAGCAUUUGUGACUUUAACGACUACAACCUGAAGAUGAUAUUUAGUGGACAAGAAUUAUUCGAAUUGACACAACCAAUUUAUUGCCAACCGUCGCCUCCACGGACGAAGCUUGUUGAUGUCGGCUACUAUUUCAAUCACCGGAGUUUGUUAGUGGCUCAAUCGCAGCCUUCGCCCUAUUCAUCGCCUAUUCCAAGACCCAGUUUUCCCCAAAAUCCGAAAAAUAUUGAACGUUACGACUCAUAUCCGUCAUCAGAUUCUUAUGGGCCAGUUCAGGACUAUGAACUUCCUUAUCCGGUAUGGCCAUUUAAGCGGCCCCAAGCGCCAACGAGAAAUCCCCCAGUCAGUUAUAGACCUCCUUAUUGGUACUAUCCAACAAGACGUCCCGGAAUAAGCAAGCCAUGUUACGGAAGAACUACAACCGCCACAAAAGCUCCUGAAUCUACUACCACAACAACGGAGGCAUCUACAACGACGACUACAACUGAACCAUCAACAAAAACAAGCACUGCAGCCUCCACAACAACAUCUCCGGAAAGAAAAACAACAUCCACAGAGCAAACAACAACUACUAAAUCUACAUCACCAUCAAUAUCUACAGAAAAAUUAACAACAACGAACGAACUCACAACAUCAACAGAACCAGCAACAACAACUGAAUCUGCAACAAACACAGAAACUACAACAACCACAACUUCAGAUUCACCCACAACAACCACAGAACCAACAACAACCACAGAGCCCACUUCAACCACAGAACCAACAACAACCACAGAGCCCACUACAACCACAGAACCAACAACAACUACAGAGCCCACAACAACCACAGAACCAACAACAACCACAGAGCCCACUUCAACCACAGAACCAACAACAACCACAGAGCCCACUACAACCACAGAACCAACAACAACUACAGAGCCCACAACAACCACAGAACCAACAACAACCACAGAGUCAACUACAACGACAGAACUUGCUACAGAUUCAGAUCUAACGACAACAACGACUCUCCGAACAACAACAAAAUCACAAACAUCCACGGACCCAUCAACAACAAAUCCUACAACCGAAUCUUCAACGACAACCAACAGAAGUUCAUCAUCUACAACAAUAACGACCGUAACAACAGAACCUUCAACGACCACAACGGUUUCUUCCACAACGACUACAAAAGAUCCAACAACAACGACCGUAACAACAGAACCUUCAACGACCAGAACGGUUUCUUCCACAACUACUAUAAAAGAUCCAACAACAACAACAGAAUCUUCUACGACAACUACGACCGUUCCCACCACUCUUGCCGAAUCGUCUACAGUAACAACAACCCUGAUUUCGAAAACAACGACUUCGGAACCUUCCACAACAUCUUCAACAGAUUCUUCAACUACCACAUUAAAUACAGAUACAUCAACGACAACAACAUCCACUGAAGCUUCUACAACAAUUAACCCGGCGGCUGUCAAACCUGUAACUGUUGAGGUCACCAACGAGGACGGACAAUUAGUAGAUAUCGAAUUGGCAGCCAUGGCCGUGAAUCCGGAAACAGGGGAACCAAACUGUGCGGAGGUUACCAAUGUCCUGAUAACCACAGGGUCAAGGAUUGUAUUCCAGUUCACUGGUUGUAUUGUGGCCAGGGUUGCCAGCAGAAUUAUCACUGAACCGACAACAACGUUCAGCACCACCGUAGCAACUACAACCCAGAACACUCCCUACUAUCAGUGGUAUGGCGGUUCAGCGGCUUACGCACAGUCCCAAUUUCUUUAUACGUAUUAGUUCGACAUAAUUACAUUUAUAGGACAAAAUGAAGAGAUUUUGAUACUUUUAAAAACCCGAUCCCAUUUUAUAUAAAUAUGAUUUUAUUAAGAACUCAA